UUCUCCUGAACCCCGAAAUCCCCCAUUCGCCGUUCGAAUCACCCAUUCCCCAGUCCCCUCUCCGCCGCCCGGUGUUCUCCGGUCGCCGGCCGCCACCCCAACGCGGCGGCGAGAUCGAGGGGCACGCAGCCGCAGCCGUAUGGCAGCCGCUGAUCCCUUCGUAGCCGCGUCAUCGCCAAGGCGCCUCCUCCCCCGAACCCUCGGCCCCGCCGCGUCUGCCGGGACCGCCGCCGCGUCCCCCUCCACGGCCCGCGGGUCGCUGCUCGACGGCGUCUACCGGCCCCUGAAAGGGUCCAAGGAACUAGUCGAGCAGGUUAGAAUGGCUAUGAAGGAGCGCGGGGACGCAGGCAAGCUCGAUCACAGCGAUGGAGCGGAGGUGGCUGCUGUGGCGAAUGGCAAGAAUAACCAGUUGGGGAGAAGGCCUGCGGUGGACCGCAAGAGGUUUCGGUUCAAUGCCAAGCCCCCCAGAGACAACCCGGUGCAAAACGUGGACUUCUCAGAGUUACUGAACAUUGAGGAUCCAGAUGAAUACUUUGCAACCCUGGAUCAGCUCGAAAAAGCUGACAAGGAGAUUAAAAGGUUAAGAGGUGAGGUUCCUACUGAAGCAACAUAUAAUGACCGAGCUAUUGAACUACCUAAGAAGCGACCUGGGCUUUUGAGGCGAAAAUCAGUCCAUUCUUACAAGUUCAGUGCUAGUGUCGAUACACCAGAUGCCAUUGAAACAUCUUCUUCCCAAACAGAAACUAUAACAGAAUAUGAGUUCGCCCAAGUUGAUGUGCAUGCUUCAGCUCCUAAAAUGCCAAAAGAGCCUGUGUCUUCAAGAUCUAGCCAACAUGCUAUACCAGAUACCUCUGUGAGAAAAGAUUCAUUUGUUGGGAAGGACAACAUUUUCACCUUGAAUUAUUUACUCUCCGCAUUCAAAGAUCUGGAUGAAACUGGUGGAGAAAACCUACUCCGGGAGACUCUACAGAUUAAAGAAAUAAGCACAGGAAAAGUUUGUCUCCCCGAUUUCAAUGUUCCAGGUGAUAUACCUCCUACUGUACAUACAAAUUCCAUGAAUUGUGAUAUGUUAGAAAGAACUGUGCCGGGAAGCAGCCUUGCUCGAAUUUCACAAUUGGAGAAGCGAGUUUUUGUGGAAGAUGCACGGGAAGAUAAACACACAGAUCUUUCAAAAGAUGAUGAAUCUGAUUGGUCUCCAGAAAGUCUGCUGUGUAAACGAUCACCUAUGCGACGUUCUUCUGAUACAGUCGUUUUGCCAAUUAAUGAGGGCUUUACUGCAAUCAAAACCCCGAGUCCGAGCAUCAAAUCUCCAGAGCAUGUGCUUGAGCCUGAACCAAACCCUCCAGAAGGUGUAGCAACUGGAAGGCCAAUGGGAAGUUCCCCAAUUGGUGUCAACAGAGACAGUGAAUCUGUCAAAGAAAGGGGUACAUCUUGCAGGCAUAGUGUUUUGUUGGAGGAAGAUGAUAUGCCAAUAGAUUGCACGGUUUCUUCUCAUCAUUUGGAAAGUGUCUCAACUGAAGUGCUGUCAAACACUCCAAGUAGAAAUGUACCCCCAUUGAAUCAUGGAGAUGGAAAUUCUGAACAUCAGGAAAUGGUUGGAGGUGAUGUGGCCCAAGACAACCCAAUCCAUACAUCGGAAAUACCUCCAGAAGAUACUUAUCCACAGAAUCAAUCUGAAAUACAUCGGGGAAACAUUGAGAAACUGGCAAUUGAUACAAGGAAUUCGCUCUCCCCAAGCGAAGGCAAGGAACAGAGAGGAAAGAAAAAGAAGCAGCCAUCAAAGAGAGGAAAGAGAGUGGGAGACAAUACAACCCAUACAUUGGACAUACCUCCAGAAGAUACUUAUCCACACAAUCAAUCUGAAAUACAUCGUGGAAACACUGAGAAACUUGCAGUAGAUACAAGCAAUGUACUCUCCUCAAGUGAAGGCAAGGAACGAGGAAAAAGAAAGCAGCAACCAUCAAAAAGAGUGGCAGGUGAGGCAGGUGAUUUGGAAAUACCCGCACCAAAUUUUGAACCAGAGAAUCAACCUGAUGUACUGGACACAGAUGUUGAGCAACAGCCAGCUUGUAUAAGCCAUUCACCAUCACCGAGUAAUGGUAAGAGGCAAAAUGAAGUUCGAAAGAGAAAUAAGAAGCAAGAUUUGAACAGAAGAAAAAGCUUGGCAGAUGCCGGCCUUACUUGGCAAUCCGGUGUCAGACGAAGCACAAGAAUACGCUCAGAACCUUUGAAGCAUUGGCUGGGUGAAAGAUUUGUAUAUGGGCGUAUACAUGGCACAAUGGCCACGGUCAUCGGUGUUAAAUCAUUUUCUCCUAGUCAGGAAGGAAAAGGUCCAAUGAGGAUUAAAUCCUUCGUUCCAGAACAGUACUCGGAUUUGUUAGCUAGAUCCUCAAAGUACUGAGUUUCCUGCACCAGGCAAGUCACCAUCCCUUUUCUUUUUGGUGGACAAGUUGCAUUUCUUGAAGUGGCUCUGGCGCAACCUGCGAUCACUUCCGUAUCUAUGUGUUCCUUUUCCCUUUUCACGUGUCCUCGCCAUUUGAGGUUUUUCCUCCUAUAUAUUAUGUAAAAGUGUUGUAUCUGUGGAGUUGCACAGUGUAAUGCAUGCUAUGAACUUGUAAGUUUUUGUAUGGUUCUUCUUUUGAGACGACCGUCAGUUUGUCCAUUAUCACAGAUUUUUCUUUUUAAGAUGCCACGGACAGCCCAUUUUCAUUUGUAGCACGGCUGCGUUUUCAAAACGUAAUUUCGCAUUACAUGUGCCUUGUGUAACUCGCAG